AAAAAAAAUGUACCCUCCCGCAACCGUUCGCAAACGCUAGCUGGAGCCAGCUUUUGAAUUUAUGAGAUUCAGAGCGGUUUGAAGCGGUUUAGAACGAUUUGAGUGAUUGUUGCAAACUGCCCGAUAAAAACUGCGUUUGCGGGUGGUACCGGGAAAACCAGUCGUACCUUAGUCACCGGUUAAUCUGCUAUAAUAUAUUAUGGGAUUGGGCCAGAAAUAACCACUAGCUAUCUGUUAGUAUUAGCCACGAAAACUCAGAGGUCAUAUAACUUUCAAUGUUUUCUUGUUCGAUCGAAUCACUAAUAUCGAGGUUGGGCUCACAGUUUCUGUGGGCCAAUCAUGUUCACUUUUCAGAGUGUUUUGGUCACUAAUUUCAAGAUUGACCCUACAAUUUUCAUGGCUAACUGUAUCAGUGGCCCAUAAAACUGUUAAAUGUCCAUGAUUUCAUAUAGGCUUAUUAGUUUUUGAUUGACGCAAAACUUCAUAAUAUAAUUUUUUUGAAUUAUAAGGGAUAUCCUGACCCCAUAGAUUUCAUAAUAUAUACUCGUGUACACUUAAAAUUUCCAACCUCAGAUGGUGAAUUUUCAUUCGUAAAAACCAUCACAUCAUCCGUUUUGAUAAAACAUGUCUUUCAACGGUGAUAUAUUUUUGUGAGACAAGAGUACAAGACUAUAAGACUACUAGGGGUUGGCCCGCCCUACGGGCGGGUGAAUUUAUAUUAAAAUAUAUUUUAAUUUUAUAAAAAAUUGAAAAUUACUUUAAAAUGAAUAUAAUAAAUAUAUUUUGUUUUCUAAUUAGAUUAUAUAUUUAUUUUGUUAACAUUUGACAUUUGUUUAUAAUUCUUACAUGUUUGAAUUUUUAUUUGUUAUCAACUAUAUUUUAAGACAUUGUACUAUUUAAUUUUCAGUAUUCAUUUCAGUUAUUUUUUAAUACAAAUACGCUCUCUUUCUUAUUUUGCAUUUGCAUGAGAUUAUAUAUAUGUGUAGUAUUUUUUAAUACAUUUUUAAAUUGUGUAUUAAAGUUUUAUGUUUGAUUAUGGUAUAUCUGAAUGAAUUCUAUCAGUGAUUAUGAGUGUCUCUAACAAUGUUUUUAUGCAAAAAUUUCCUUUAACCAAAUACUAAAAUCCCAUUGUCUUUGGCUAAUCUACCAAAUACUAAAAUCACAUUUUAUUUUUUGGGUUUAUACUCUUGUUUUUGUUUUUCAAAAUAAUUUUCAAAAUAUUUCUCAAUUUUUAUUUAAUUCUCAGUUUACCAACCAAAAAGAAACAAAUCCAUUAAAAUUCACUUUUUUUUUUACAUUUCGUUCAUCUGGGUCUAAUGAAAUCUAGAAAAUAAUCUAUGUAAUAAUCUUUGAUUGUGGUUUUUCAUCAUUUUCAGUUUUUCCAAUUUUAUGUUUAAUAACCAAAAAGAGAAAAAUUUCCACCAAAUUCACUAUUUUAUCUCUUUGGCAUGAGUUUAAUAAAAUCUGAAAAAUAUUGUAAGUACAUUUUCACCAUCCUCUUUUUUUUUUCCUUGAAAUAUAUUUAUUAUUAAAUUAUAUCAUCUAAUUUAACUAAAUUAUUAUUGUAUAAUGUGUUUUUUUUCAUCUGGAAUCAUAUUUGUGGAUGGUUGACCCCUUAGACCACCCGCAUCGGGGGUUUAUGAGGGAGUCAUGGGCUCGGUAUCAUAGGGCUUUUCGAUUAAAAAAAAUAAAUAAAUGGGUUUCAACCCGUGAACCGGGUCUUCCAAGUGAGCCCGUAUGAUACGGGGUCAUGCCACGCGGCGCAGAGGGAGUGGCUACGCGAUCUCGCGUGUUGAGUGAGAAAAAAAGGGUAUCGCGUGAAAGAUCCCAUUUUCUCUUCUCUCUUCGAAAUCUAGGGUUUCUCUGUCUCUGAGGCGAUUUCGUGUCGGAGUCCAGAGCCGGAGCUUUUCUCGAUCAAUUCGUCGUCGGAGUCACUCGUAAACGCUCUCAGGUGAGUCUCAAUCACUCCGGGACGAGAUAGCUUCGAUUUGAUCUCGAGAGGUUUCUAGGUUAAGGAUGUCGAUUUGGGGGUUUCAUCUUAGGGUUGUAAAUCGAGAAGGGGGUUUCGAUUUCUUGGUUAAAAUCGACAUACGGUUUCCUUUUAGGGUUCGUUUAUCGUGGAUUUCAUUUCGAUUUGGGGGUUUCGUGUAAGGGUUUGAAAUCUAAAAGGGGGUUUUAAUUUCUUCGUUUAAAUCAACAUACAGAUUUCUUUUAUAGUUCGUUCAUCGUGGAUUUGAAUUGGAUUUGGGGGUUUUUAGUUAGUCUUUCAAAUUUUUUUUUUUUUGUUUCUCGGUUGCUUCUGUUCUAAUUAUUUGUUUUCCUGAUACAGAUGGAUCCCGAAGCAGAGAUAAGAGACACAAAGAGAAGAAAGGAGCACAUCGAUAUGCUUUCAAUCGUGUGUGAUUCAGAACACGGGAUUCCGACGAGGUGUCCCUGCGGUGGGAGUAUAAUUCACGAGGUUCGUGGGAAGGAGGAAUACGACACUCUCCCCGGCAAGCGUUUCUUCACCUGCAUAAACUACGAGGCUGAUGGUUUUCAUUAUCGUCAGCCUUGGGUCAUUGGUGUGCAGGAGCAUAUCGAACGGCUCACAAGUCGUGUGGAGGAGGUGGAGGCGGUGAUCAAGUGGCUGCCGGAAGUGAAUAAUAAGAUCAAGAGUCUGGAGGUAAUCUGACUUCCCACUUAUGAAUUUUGUUUUGUAAUUUUUUUCUUAUCUUUUAUACAGUGACUAACACCAUCUCAUUGUCAUUUCCUUGAACAGGCAGAGGUAAAAGCCCUCACUGUGGAGGUUGAUAGGCUCACUGGGAAGGUUUAUAACCUGACCGUGCAAGUGGAUCACUUGGAGAAAUGCUGCUUCGACUGAAAACACAAAGGUAACCACACUAUCCCUAGAGUUGUUGCCUAAUAAUGAAUUUGAACUUGAACUAGAGUAGGUUAGAGUAGUAGUAGAAUUUAAACUUGAACUGAACCAAAACUGAAGUAGUUGUGUAGUUAAGUAGUUAAGUUAAGUGUAAUCAAUUUUUGAAUGGUCUGUGUGAACUUGUAUUUAAACUUCAACUGAACCAGAACUAAAUUUAAACUUGAAAUAAUUAAUUUGAAAACCUGAUUUGAUGUUUAUUGAAUGGUCUGUGUGAAGUAGUUGUGUAGUUAAGUUAAGUGUCAUCAAUUUUUAGUGGUUAGAAGGUGUUUACUUCCUUGUACUUGCAAACCCAAAAGUAGUUUAAAAACCUAGCUAAUCGACAUCUUAAAACAUAAACGAAAACUUAAAAACUUCAAUACUCAACCAAAAUGGAUCCUUUUCCCCUAAACUCUCCCGGCUUUGUUAACCUGCUUACUUCCCAGACCCCUCAGCCAAUAGAAAUAGGAUCUUCUGAGGUUCCUAAACCUCCGGAAAGGAGGAAGUGGACAACCAAAGAAGAUUUGGUGUUGAUCAGUGCUUGGUUGAACACCAGCAAGGAUCCAAUAACCAGUAAUGAACAGAAGCUAGGAGCAUUUUGGAAGAGAAUAGAGGAGUACCUGAAUGCUAGCCCUCUGCUCGUUGGCUCUAUUCCUAGGGAGUGGAGUCAAUGUAAGCAGAGGUGGGGAAGGAUUAAUGAGCAGGUGUGUAAGUUCGUGGGAUGUCAUGAAGCUGCUCUGAAGGAGCAGGCGAGUGGACAUAAUGAGAAUGAUGUCAUGAAGGUAGCUCAUGACAUCUUCUUUAAUGACUACAAAUCCAAGUUCAUUCUUGAACAUUGUUGGAGGGAGCUUCGGUUUGAUCAAAAAUGGAGAUCACACAGUCUGACAUCAAAUGGUGCAAAGGAGAAAAGGAAGGAAACUGCGGAUGAGGUGGGUCGCGAGGAAGAUGUUAGACCUCCCGGAGUCAAGGCUAGCAAAGCAGCAAAACGCAAGAAGCAUGGCAAUGAAGCAGCGUUUGAUCAGAUCGAAACCAUUCUAGCAGCCAAGAAUAUUUUAUCCAAACAGAAAAUACUUGAUAGGUUGCUAGGCAAAAACGCUGAUACACUUACAGAUCAAGAGCUUGCUCUAAAAAACAAACUCAUAUCUGAAUUGCUUUAAGUUGGUGAGUGGUUAUUUUUUUUGAAAUUUACAGUUGGUUGCUAGGAAAUGCAGUGUAUGAUGUUUGUGUUUUAAUCUUUUCCUUGAUGUAUAUUGAUAUUGUAACUGUUGUGCUUUGUAGGUCACGGGUUCAAAGAGGAGGAUGCGUGGAUGGUUGCAGGUCUCUGUUUCUUUAUGUAUCAAAUCAAGUCACGGGUGGUAAUGUAGUAGUAGGUGGUUGUAGUGGUAGGGUAUGUAAGAUGGAAUCACGGGAGAGUGUAGUUUUUUUCAACUUUCUACACUCGUUUUAUGUAUCAAAUCAUGGGCAUGUCCCCACGGCUUUACUUUUGUACUCACGGGUGUAUGUACCCACAUGCUACUUGCUUCAAUGUUUUUCUAUAUAAAUGACUAUGUGUUUCAUUCAUGCAUUUUAUCAAAACUAUCUUACCAUCUCGUAAUCUUACCUACCAACACCACUACGAGAAUCACCAACCAACACCACGAGAAUCACAACAACAAUCAAACAAGAAUCACCAAUCAACACAAGGAAUCAACUCUACUACUACUCAACCCCACGGAUCAUCUCUACCAUUCAACAAAGGUAAGUUGAAAACCAAAAAUUCUUAGUAAAGUUAUAACCCAAAAAAAAAAAGAUUCAAGAGAAAUAUAUUGAUUUAUAUUUUAAAUGAUAAUAUUUACUAAGUUUAAGACCAAAAUAAUAAAAAAAAAAACUAAGGUUAAAACCCAAAAUAAAAUUGAA